UGCGGUAAAUCACGACUUUAUUUUCGUCUUCUUAUUUCUAAUAUUUAUUUUUCCCAUAGUUUUUCGACCGAUUGGAUGGCUAUGACCAUGUAGUUGCGCGAGUAAAAAGCAAAAGAAAGGACAAUUUAUGGAUACCCUGGAUUUUUGUCUUUUUACUACCCUUCGUUAGUCUAUUACUUAUAUACACAAUGUAUACGAAGUUAGCGCACCACACGGCCUAUUUCCACCUCGCACUGUCAAAUAUUUAUAUGACGAUCAUACAAAUGUGUAGUUUUCUGGAAAAAUUUAUCUUGUUGUACCUCCUAUUGGAACGCUUCAAACAUCUGAAUAGAAAUAUUGCGGAGAAUGUGUCGUGGGAUGAAGAGCGACGCACCGAACCAAAUGCAAUAAAAAUUUCGGAUGUAAAAAUUAUGCAUUCGAUGCUUUAUAACGCUCAUGAAACCUUCAAGGAUAUUUACAGAGUCCCUCUAUUGUUUUCGUUUACAUAUCUCAUGAUGUGCAUUGUUGCAAAUCUGAGUUACUUUCGAAAGGAAAGCAUAUUAAUAGGUUGUUCAUUCGUCCUUCCUCCGCUGAUACUAAUGUUAAUUAUGUGUACAAUUUGUCAUUUAACAGCGGAAGAGGCAAAUAACAUCGCGUGUGUUUUAAGCAAAAGUAUGACAAUGCUUGUUAAUUCGGGAAAAACUACGACUAAAAUUGCUGCCUUAACAUAUUUCUUACACAACUACGUGUCUUUCGACGCCGCAGGAUUUUUCACAAUUGACUUACCUUUAUUUCAAUCCGUUGUUGCGACAAUAACUACUUAUUUCAUAAUACUAUUUUAAUCUUUUUUUUUGCUAAAACGUUUCUAUAUCUACAUAUUUUGACACAAACAAUUGAUUGAAAUAAUAUAAUUAUUUUAAUAAAAGUUUCAUGGUGUGUCUAUAUAAUGUACAUGCAAAAGUAUGUAGUAUGUUUAAUCAGUAGCCUCUAAUAUAAAAACCGACGAAUUGAUGGUAUCGCGUUGACAUAGAUUUCGAACAAGCUUAAUGUAUGUUUCUAUUAUAUAACAAAAUCAUGACUCGUUAUCAAGUAUAUCGACGUUGACACGAGCGUUGCGUGAUUCGACGAUGUGGAACAGAAACGGUAACACACGACACGUAUCUGUAAGUAGACAAAUGACGGUUGUCACUUUUUCAUUAGCUGACAUUUCGCAAAUGGAUAAGCAACAUUAUGAAUAGGUACGUACGUGAUUCGGCGAUUAUCAUGGUCUCCGGUACUUUGUCACGAUCUUAAUGUUCGUUUUAUCAAACCGAUUGCAUCGGGAAGUUAUAUGUGCGUAACGGCAAAACGCGAUUUGGCAAAAGUAUAAAAAAAGAGAAAAAUUGAAGUUGACAAUGUCUAAAAUUCAGUCGCUUGGCGCGCACUGAGAAAAAAGUCUUUGAAAAUUUAUUCGUGGUAUAUAAUGUUUAUUCCAUUGAAAUAAACAUUAUAUGCCACGAAUAAAUUUUCAAAGAUUAUUUUCUCAAUGUGAUGGCGAUUGUGCGGUUAUUAUACAAAU